AUGAAAACAGUUCAAUCAUUAACAAGAGAAGAACACUUCUUAAAAUCCUAUUCAUUAAAUUUGAAAAAACCUUAUAGAAAUAUCUUUAAAUGGGCACCAUUACUUGCUUUAGUGAAUUCACUUACAAAUUUAUCAAAUUUUGUUGUUGAUGCAUAUGGAUUUUAUCUUGGUACUUAUUUUUUAGCAAAGAAGUUAAAUUAUAAACAAACAAGUCAAAUGUUUUAUCAAGAAUUGAUUGAUAAUUAUAUGAAACUUCAGAAAGCAUCGUCAUCAAUUAUUUUUACUGCACAAGGAGUUGGAAGUUAUGGAGAAUAUACACCUAAUAUUGGUAAAUCAAUGAAAGCAGCAAAACAUUCAUAUAAUGUUAUUGAUAGAAUACCUAAGAUAGAAUCACAAGAAGUAAAUAGUGAGAUAAUUAAUGAUAUAAAAGGUGAAAUUGAAUUCAAAAAUGUUCAUUUCAGAUAUCCAACAAGAGUUGAUAAUGAAGUAUUAAAAGGUAUUUCAUUUAAAGCAGAACAAGGAAAAACAAUUGCAAUAGUUGGAGUAUCAGGAUGUGGUAAAUCAACAUCAAUUCAAUUAAUUGAAAGAUUUUAUGAACCAACAAAUGGGGAAGUAUUAUUAGAUGGACAUAAUAUAAAGGAUUUAAACAUUCAGUUCUUAAGAAAUCAAAUAGGAUUAGUUGGACAAGAACCAGUAUUAUUUGCUGAAAGUAUUAUUGAUAAUAUUAAAAGAGGUAUUCCUAAAGGUGUUGAAGUAAAUAAUGAACAAAUUUAUACUGCUGCUAAAAUGGCAAAUGCACAUGAUUUCAUUUCAACAAUGCCAGAAGGAUAUAAUACAAUGGUAGGUGAUAGAGGAAGUCAAUUAUCAGGAGGACAAAAACAAAGAAUUGCUAUUGCACGUGCAUUAAUUAGAAAACCAUCUAUUCUACUUCUUGAUGAAGCUACAUCAGCACUUGAUUCAGAAAGUGAAAAAAUAGUACAAGAAGCACUUGACAAAGCAUCAAAAGGAAGAACAACAAUUAUUAUUGCACAUAGAUUAUCAACUAUUCAAAAUGCAGAUAAAAUAUGUGUCAUUAUGAGAGGAAAGAUUGUAGAACAAGGAACACAUCAAGAAUUAAUAGAAUUGAAAGGAUUUUAUUAUACACUUGCUAUGCAACAAUUUGGAACAAUGAAUUAA